UCCAUGGGUCGAUUCUCUCCCGCCGUCAGCUUAUAAAAAGCCCAUGGUGCCAACUCGCAGUGGCUUAAUGUAACUGGUGGCAGCGUGCGGCCCGCUUCGUCUCAGUGGUGAGCCCCUUGACGUCACACAGGACCAAGUUACUCAAGCAUACAACACCAUACCCUCCCCCUGUGAAGCGAAAUUCUGCAUCGUGACGUCGUAGGCGCUCUUUGAGUUACAUCUCUUGUUAAAAGAGCGCCAACAGAUCCUCAAAGGUUCCAACAACGACAGCAUGUUAGCUCAAAGGAUGGUGCGGCUGACCGCCAUGUUUAUUUUCCUAGCCUCCAUUGUCAACGUCAGUUCCGGCUACUGGAGGCGGUGGUACGAGGAUGACCCUCCACUCUACUGGAGCAGACGAGGGAGGCGUUAUAAGGAUGCAGACGUGGAGGUGGGUAAGGAAAUAGUGCCGCCGCUGAAAGGAUUACGUCACACCAUGUGGACGGGCUACAGGCCUAGUUGUGCUGCCAGUGGCCAGCCCUGCAGUCCAGAAACCCAGUGCUGCUAUGCUGGAGACACUUGCUUGACCCACACGGACAGCAACUAUGUGGUUAGCACAUUUUGUAAGGACAUCCGAAACCAACAAUACCUGGGACCAAGGCUUCCUAAAGAGGCGCCAUGCCAGGAUAGCGGCCAGUGUAUAGACGGAUGCUGCCGAGAGUACAGGGGCGCCCGUGUCAGUAAAGUGACAGUGUGCGGCACUCCAUCUGACAGUCAUAUGCCACAGUACACCUGUGUGUCAUCUUCACCUUUUUAAACAUCGAGUAAACUCAAAGACCAAGAAAAUAAAACUCAAAGCACUUUCUGGGCUAAUCAUUCUACCAAAAGUAUCUCUUCUCUUUAUAGUUUCCAAUACAAAAUUAAAAACAUAAUUUGGAAGUAGUAGAUACAUUUUUUAAAAAAGAAUUUUAAAAAUAUUAUUCCUAAAAGUAAAGAAAUAUUUGCGUGUAAAAAAAUGUAUACUUUUGGUUCUGUUUGAUGAAAUAUAAGCAGAAGUGAGUUUCAUGCUGACUCUUUUAGUUCAAUUUUAACAAUUUGAGAAUAUUUUCUGUGUGUAUUUCGUUUCGGUGGAGCAGACUAUUAUAAUAAACAUUUUUGUUUCAUUCCUUA